GUAUGCGUUCAGAAAUCGCAUUUGACGUAGCUAAGACGUUUGGGAGACUGGAUCGAGGAUCGGAUUCAUGAUCUUCCGUGCCACUCGUGUUCUACGUGUCUUUGCUGGGAUUACGACAACCAGCUGUUGAUGCAGCUAUAAGAAGUCGUCUUCCUUCUCCCAGUUGCACCGAUCAUCGAGUCAUCGGAAAGGUAAGAGGAGGAGGGAAUGGCCGCCACGGGACGCGUUGCUCCGGCUUCGAGGAAGACAUGGGUCUUCUUCCUCUGGAUGGAGGUUGUGCUCGUGACAGUCGGAGUUGGUGAUCACACGCGCAACACUGACGGUUUCAUAAGCAUCGACUGCGGCAUCGCUGAUGGUUACAGCUACACCGACGGCAAGACUACCAUACCAUACAACUCCGACACCAACUACGUUGCCACCGGGGUAAAUCACAAUAUCUCGACGCGGUUCGACUCGAAUACAACGAUAGCAACACAAGAUCGAACCCUCAGAAGCUUUCCGCAAGAUAAAAGGAGCUGCUACACACUUCCUGUGGAGGAAGGUCGAAAGUAUCUGGUAAGAGCGACGUUCCUUCAUGGCAACUACGAUGGCCGGAAGGUCAGCAGUGUCGACCCCAUACUUUUUGAUCUCCACCUAGGCGUUAAUCUCUGGGAAUCAGUAAACAUCUCCGAUGUCACUCGGACGCAUGAGUCUGAAGUGAUCACAGUUGCCUUGGCUGGCUAUAUAUCCGUAUGUCUCGUAAACAAGGACAAGGGAACUCCUUUCAUAUCGGCGCUGGAGUUGAGGCCACUGAGGAAAGAAACACUGUAUCCGGCUGCAACCGCCUCGGUGGCGUUGGUCAAAUACUUCAGGGUCGAUUUUGGAGGAACCAUACAGCUUAGGUUCCCAUACGGACACCCUUCAACGACGACAACAAAUGGAAACGGAUCAGAACCACGUCUCUCGUCCAGAGCAUCUUCGAUGAUCCGUUCGAGGUGCCCUCCGCCGUCCUCCAGACGGCCGUUGUCCCCAUCAACUCUACCGAGGCCGAGCUGCUCUUCGGGUGGGGUUUGCCUGACUCUCAGGAUGUCCGGCCCCAAUUCCACAUCUUCAUGCACUUCGCGGAGCUGGAACCCCUCGCCCGAGGCCAGUCCAGAAACCUCACCGUCUACCUCAAUGGGAACCCGUGGUAUCGCCCCUUCUCCCCGCCAUACCUCUUGUCGUACUACGUCUACACCACCGUUCCGAUUUAUAUGUACCAGUACAACUUCUCGAUCAAGGAGACGGCCACUUCGACCCUUCCGCCCAUCAUCAAUGCGCUGGAGACCUAUACCGUCAUGCAGCUCACGGAGAACGCCACCGACGGCUCCGACGUUGAUGCCAUUGGGGCAAUCAAGAAGCGUUACAAGGUGAACAGAAAUUGGAUGGGUGAUCCAUGUGCUCCAGAAGUGUACAAAUGGGAUGGUUUGGAUUGUAGCUAUAGUGUUUCUGACUCUCCAAGGAUCACAGCUGUAAACUUGUCUUCUGGUGGACUGAUGGGUACAAUAGAUUCUUCCUUUGCUGAGCUCAAAGCAAUCAAGUAUUUGGACUUGUCUUACAACAACUUAACAGGGCAAAUACCUGACACUUUAGUGGAGCUACCUACCCUUGAAGUCCUAAAUUUGUCAAACAACCAGUUAACCGGGUCUAUUCCUUCUGCUCUUCUUCUCAAAACACAAAGUGGAUCACUUAUACUAAGGAUUGAAGGCAAUCCGAAUCUUUGUGCCAAUGGAGAUUCAUGCACGGUAACACCAACAUCAACAAAAAAGAAGAUAUCAACAACUCUGAUUGUGAUUCUCUGCAUAGUUGCUGUUGUAUUACUUGUGGUGAUAGUCAUGUUUUGGAGGCUGAGAAAGCGACAAGGCUUAAAUGAUCACGGUGGAACCAUGCAAGUAACUGAUAAUCACGAUCGUUCGUUGCAACUUGAGAAUCGUCAGUUCACAUACACGGAAUUGAAGAAUAUAACCAACAACUUUGCAAAGGUCCUUGGCAAAGGAGGAUUUGGGACUGUCUACCAUGGCUACUUGGAAGACUGUACUGAAGUUGCAGUCAAAAUGCGAUCCCAGUCAUCAUCUCAAGAAACUAAAGAGUUUUUUGCUGAGGCACAGAGCUUAACAAGGGUUCAUCACCGGAAUCUGGUUUCUCUCAUUGGUUACUGCAAGGAUAGAGACUCUCUGUCACUUGUCUAUGAGUACAUGUCUCAAGGGACGCUUCGAGAUCAUCUGCAAGGAAGAAACAAUACUGCUAUAGCUUUAAGCUGGGGGCAGCGACUCCACAUUGCAGUCGGCGCGGCACAAGGACUGGAGUAUCUGCACAAGGGAUGCCGACCACCGCUGAUCCACAGAGAUGUGAAGACAGCCAACAUCCUUUUGAGUGAAAGGCUGGAGGCCAAGAUAGCAGAUUUCGGGUUGUCCAAGACUUUCCAAAAUGAGGUCAGCACUCACGUAUCCACAGCAGUGGUGGGAACCCUGGGAUACCUUGAUCCGGAGUACUACAAUAACUACCAGCUCAGUGAGAAAACUGAUGUGUAUAGCUUCGGCGUGGUUCUUCUGGAACUGAUCACAGGGCAGCCUCCAGUGCUACAAGUUUCAGGGGGUUCACAUAUAAUUCAAAGGGUGAGGCGAGGACUUGCCACGGGAAACGUCGAGGACAUUGUUGAUGCCCGGCUUCAAGGGGAGUACGACGUCAACUCCGUUUGGAAAUGUGUUGACGUAGCACUCAAAUGCACAUCGCAGAGGUCGCAACAGAGGCCGACCAUGACGGAUGUGGUGAUGCAGCUGAAGGAGAGCAUGGAACUACAGACCCCUCGUGACAGGAUCGAGAGCCCAAUCACAAGCAAUGGGGAAAGAUACAUGGAAGAAGGUGAUGCAAUCGAGAGUAGCCCAUAUGUUGUAGAAAUGACUGUGGUAAGCAGCGGUCCAUCGGCAAGAUGAUGUUGUCAUCUUUUCCAGUCCAAUAGUUUAGCUUUCUGUGUGUUAGGAAAGCAGUUUCUGUAAGUCCAAAAACAAGUGAUAUGCAGUUGUGUGAAAUGAGAACAGCAAUUGUGUCACACCGACGGUAAGCUGUUAGCAAAGCUUCUUCCACGAAACCUUUCAUUGUAGCCCAAAACAUGCAAGCAAAAGGCCACUAUACAUCGUCGUUGUAGUAAACCAAGAUAACCUUGGGGAAUAGAUCCACGGAAACUAUAUGUAUAGUUGCUUGUUAGUUGGCCGGGAUCGAAGCCGAGCAACAGCAAUAAGAAUCACACCUUUCAUCUUUA